AUGUCGGAGAUGAAUAGUAGCCAGCUGCACCACCUCACCUUGGGGAUUUACUCGGUAAGUAAUGGAUACUUUGUGAGGCCCAAAUUAGACAACAGAUGAAUAUACUUGUGAGUUGUGAUAGACAAGAACACAAGUUCAGAAUGUGUUUUCUUGUUUAGAUAUUUGAGAAAUGAAGAUUUAGGAAUGUUUAUCAAUUUACUCAGCUGAGUUAGAGUUGUUUUAGCCAAGCAAACAUGGUCUGUGUUCACAAAAGUGGUUUUAAGAUUCGAAAAGUAUUGCCUUUGCUUGGAAACACCAGAGAUAUGAGUCUGAGGCUCAUAAAUACAGAUUGAAUUAUAGAUGUUUUUAUUGAUCUCCCUUUAGGUGGGGCUUAGAGUUUUUCAAACUUUGAAAACUCCACUUAAAUAGCAGCUUAUGUGUGUGUUGGUUUGUGUGUUUUUACCCUUUUUACAGAACUUGGUGGAUGACUUCAACCCAGGCCUGCAGAGACUGGUAUCACUGGGGAACAGCUAUGUCCGAGCUUUUCAGGGUAAGACCAGAAAAAAUUCAGACAAAUCUGUUCAUAACCGUGAGUGUUUCUCACUUUUUUUGGCUGGUUGUGUGUAACACCCUCACACACCUGCCUUUAUGAGAGCUAUAAAGGAAACAAAGUGUAAUGGUGGCACACAGAAUGAGGGAGCUGUCAUGAGUUUUAUUUUCACUGGAACUGAAUCCAAAGUCCAUUUGCUUUGGGAAUAUCCUGGUGAUUAGCCCGGGUUAUGGGCCCAUAAAUGAAGCCUGCAGAGGGUGUUAUGAGUACACUGUCAGCAGGCAAACAAGGCAACCUAUCUUCAUUUCUUACACAUAUUAAGACUUGGAUAUUAAAUAUAGACUUGGCUUUUAUUUUUUUAUUCUUAUCGAAGCUUCACAGUAGGCAUGCUUCCUUUAAUUCAUGCUAAAAAAAAGUUUUUUCAAACAAACUUUUAAUUCCAACCUGCAGGUACAACAACUGGGUCUAUAUUACAUCUUAAUUAUUCUCAUCAUAAUCACCUCUAUUCCCUGUGCAAUGCAUUAAAUAUAGAGGGCUGUUCAAAUGCAAGAUGCAAAUGAGGUUUGAAACCAGGAGCGCAGUGAUAGUUUUACAAUUUCUAUUACAUUUUAUAGGUUUUUGCUUAAUUUAUGCACUGAGGUACAUCAUCAACAACUGAUUCACAGCGGCGUCACUGCAGCAAAAACCCUGCAGACAUAAAAUACAUGAUAACGUCUCUAUAGCUGCCUCCACCCAGAGGCUGUGAGCUCCCUCCGUGUACUCUCUGCAGAGUCAUAACAUCAUGACAUGUUAAUGAGCACAAGCCAAGACCAGAAUGUUAUAUAACUUUUAUUCUUUAUUGAUUAUAUGAAGGCAGCUAGAAUGAAUCUAUCUUUAAUCUAAGCAGCGGAUGCAGUUCAGACUCCCCCAAUCUACUUUUAUUAAAACAUUAACACACAGGUGUUCAUUACUGAAAUCCAUUCGUCUCAUAGCCUCAGGGACUGUGCGUUUGAUUGGUUGGUAUUGUCUGGAGCCCCAUCUGUUUAAAAACAAGGCGUAAAAUCCAGCUGGAGCUCACUCAACUGAAAGAAUGAAAUAUAGUCUUUGCUCACAUAUCGAACUACCACAUCCAGAAAUACUCAGAUGACACCGCUAUUGUGGCAAGUACCAGAAAUGGACAAGAAGCUGAAUACAGAGAUCUGAUAAGAGCCUUCAGUGAGUGGAGUGACAAAAACUGCCUCCUACUCAACACCUCAAAGACAAUAGAAAUGAUCAUAGACUUCCACAGAUCCAAACCCCCUUUUCAGCCACUGAACACCUGUGGCGUGGACAUCGAGGUGGUGUAACCGUAUAAAUAUCUAGGUGUUCAUCUGGAUAAUUAGUUGGACUGGUCUAAGAUUCAGGAGAUGUUCUGUACCCACAGCCAUCAGACUGUACAACUCUUCUGUAAAUAGAAGAUGAGUUUUUGAGACAUGACAAAUGAGGCUACAGACAAAUGAAUUUCCCUUUGGCAAUCAAUCAAGUUCUUCUUGUUCCUCUUCUUUUUCUUCAUCUUCUUCUUAGUACUUGCUAAAUUUGUGGUCAAAAUAAGACAAAACAACAAGCAUUUGCAAUAACUCAGAAUAUAACAAAAUGGUUUAGGAUGGAAAUGUUAGAUAACAUCAAGCUAUAGAUAUAAAUGGAGGCUAAAGAGUGGUUUGACCUCUUUUUACCUGAAGGCUAGCUGCUUUCUCGUAAAAACUAACAGCACGGAUGGGUGGAAGCAAGUGUACCAAAAGGCUAGUGAAUACCUUAUAUUUCAAAAAGACAAAAAAAAUUCAAAUGAAAUCAAAUCAAAGCAAUAAAAUACAUCAAGAUUUAUAUUAAAACGGGGGCUGAAUUGUUAUUUCAUCUCAUCUGAGAUGGGGUCAAACAGAGAGUUGACCCCAUCUAACAUACAAAGCAGCUACUGCGCUACUACUGUAGGAUACAUUUGUCUCUCUGAUAUAUUGUCAAGAUGUAACACAUUGGUGAUGUACCAAAUAGCAGUCGUCAGGACUGAGAUGGAUCCAUGAACUCUGUAUGACUCUGCAGCGGCUCUGCAGUGGUCCCUGCCUGCCAACUGACAGACUGUCUAAUGCCGGCCUCACACCAAGUGAUUUCUCCUGCAAUUGCACUGUCACAGACAAUUCUCUGAUGUCAGAAUAAAAACUGACAUGUUUUGCUGGAGUCGAGACGUGCUCCUGUCAUCUCAAUCGUUUCCUCUAAGGUGGGCUGUCUGAAAGUCAGCCUGAGGUUUUAAACCAGACAUUUCCUUGUAAUUACCUGAAUCAAGGUCAAUAUGAAUAAUAUUGUAAGUUUUAACAACCAGCAGGUCUGUGUGAUGACGGGUAUAUUGUAAACAUGGAGACUCUUGGGAGGCAAUAGCCAGCACACACAAAUGCUGUUUUAAUUGAGUGGCUUCCUCUGUCUAUAGAUAAUACAUGGCGUUUUUUAACGGCAUCCAUAUUCAAGGUAGUUUAUGGUCCUUGAUACUUGUGUGACAUGUUUGGUUAUUAUUAUAAUGUGCUGUCAAAAUUGCCCUUGGUCAGUGUCAGCAACUGAACGUGAUUUGAACUUCCUGUGUUAAAAUCAACAUUGUAACUGGGGUAGCUCAUAAACAGCAUUCAAUUACUCUUUUUAAAGCUGGAACAUAUAAAAAAAAAACAUUUAAAAAAAACAGUGGUCCAUGAAAAUGAUUAAAACAUGACAACAAAAAACUAAAUUUGUCAAGGUUUAACCCUAAAGAGCUAAAGUCAGACUAAACAGUAAUGCUACUACAGAGAAAUGUGUAUAUCUUUCCAAAAUAUACAAAUCCAGAAAAAGGAUGAUUAAUGAGAAACUUGCGCAAACUAAAUAAAGUGCAUGCUUUGAAUCAUUUCUGUUCUUUUUGAUUGUAAUGGCUCUGUCAUUCUGUAUUUUUCAGGACUGCUUUUAAUCAAACACCAACAACAUCAAUUUGCAUUUUAAGUGACUCAUUUGUUUCUUUGUCCUUGUUUCAGCUCUUGCUGAAACGAGUGAGGCCUACUUCAGUGCGCUGUCAAAAAUUGGAGAGAAGGCUUUCAACAGUGUAUCCUCACACCCAUUAGGUAUGUGUGAACACACCUCUCUUUAUCUUUAAGUGUAAAAGAAAGAUUUCAUUUCCUUAACUACACUCCAGGAUAGUCUUUAGUUUACACCCAGGAAGCACGUUGUGACUUUUUCACAUUUACUAAAAGCAGUGCGUACAUGACUUAGUGUGAUUUGACAAACUAUGAGAGGUUAUUGAAUGACAAUGUUUUACAAUAUUGUAGCUGUAAAUGUUUAAGUUUGUUAUGAUGUAAGUUCAAGUCAAAUGCUCUGCAGCUAGGUAUCAGAUGCCAGCAGGCAGCAUAAAUAAUAGACGACGACAGGCAGCAGAUCGUGCUCCUUUUAACCGCUCUGAAAGUGAGUCCUGUUAGUUUAGUGGCUGGAGUUAAACAUGUUGUCUAAACUGUAUCACUGGAGCUCUCUGACUUGGUAAAUGUGUUAAAGGUUGUAUCUGCAGAUUUACUGAUGGUCCUGUUUGUUUGUUUGUUUCCUGUUGAUCAUACAAAAUGCCUGACAAGUAUUCUUAUAGUGAGUGAAAAACUUCUCACAGAUGCUUUAAUCCAUUCACCCAUAUGUUCAGUUAGUAUAAUCUUUGCAAAAUGCUCUUAUCUUUCAGGAGAUGUCCUGAUUCAGAUCUCUGAGAACCAGAGAAGACUCACCAUGGAGCUGGAGGGAGUAGUGCGUCACAUUAACGACACAAAUAAUUCCCCACUACAACUUUCAGGUGUUAUCAAUGUAAUGUUUCCUCUUUAUUUUCUUUUACGUGUUUCUAUUUAGUUUCGCUGGUUCAGCGUGGAGGUUCUUCAAGAGAUGGAUAACAACAUUAGACAAGACAUUGACUUCAUAUCAGUGAGUGAAAUGUUAGCUUGUUCACAAGUGCAUCUCAAUAACUUAAUAUUAAAGAUCCUGUAAGGACAUUAGACUGAAAUUUUUACUGAUGCCUUUUUAUGAUAAUCUAUAGCAAACAAGAUCAUUAGCAGCAACACUGACAGUUUCUAUGUUGCAUUUUUUGAUACUGGAAGCUAGUGUAAGAGGGUAGGUGGCAGCCUGGCAGUUGUUGAGACAACCGUGUUUUUAUAUUCUUGACAGAUUUACAAUAAAUCAUCAUUUAAUUGUCAAAAGUUAGCAGGAUGAGAUUUUUUUUUCAAAAGAUACUGCUUAAAUAUUCAGAAGACAAAAGGACACAAACACAAAAGUACCUUACAGGAGCUUUAACUGUCAUCAAAUUAACAUUGAGAAAUUGUAAUUUAUUCUACAAACAGUAAACACAAAAUGAAAAAAUCAAGCAUUUUUCUACUCCAGUUUUGAUAAAUAUAAUCUACUGAACGUAUUUUGAAACAUGAGUAUUUUAUUAAGCUUAUCAUUAAUUGAAUAGUGUAAUAGCAUAAAUACUACAUCCAGUGAAAACAGAAUAUAUGAAGAUUUAUCUUUUUGAAAAUAACACAUUUUGAAAAUUCUUAACUUUUUUAUGUAUCUGUGUGUGGACACGAUUAUUGAAAAAAAAAGUGUUGCGACGCACAGGGUUGAACAGAGAUCAAGACCCUAAUGCAGAAUAAAGGAUCUAAUUAGCAGAAGUAAAUGGAAAAAAAGCAACAACAAGAGAAAAAAUCCAAAAGGCAAAAUCCACAAAAAUGACUGGGGCAAAAUCACAUGGAGCAGCUGGAGACACAGGUAUACACACACCGACAUACAUACACAAUGAACCAACAAGGACAGAGGGGAAGGCAGGAACUAUAUACACACUGGGAAACGAGCAACAGGUGAGGCAAACGAGACACAGGUGAAACUCAUGAGUGAUUAACGAGGGAGGAAAAACUAGGGAAGAAAAACCAGACUAGAAAAUCAACUACUACAAAAUAAAAUAGGACACACUGAAAACUGAUAUAAAGAAUAAAACACAGAGAACAGGAGGGAAACAGGGUCAAACAAAAACUUGAAACUCACAAGGCUGGACUACAGGGGAACAGAAACAAUAAGGAACAGAAACACAAGAAAAACAAACACAGAAAAUACACUCAAAUAAAUAACAUGAGGUGAAAACUAAAUGAACAGAACAUAUCAUGACAUCAAGGGUAAAAUUUGUAGACAUAAAGACUAAAAAACAUAAUGUGUAUAUUCACACCCUACUGAACUAAAUUUUAAAAAUAUACUUUUAUUUAAAGGCUUUUACAGCUUCUUUUUUUAUCAAGUUUGUCAGUUUAGGUUAAGAGUUAGGUUUUAUGAUUAUGUCUAUGAGGCCUUGUAUUUUGAAGGUGUUGUGAUUAGUUUCUGAUUAGUUUUCUUUAACAUAGGCUGGAAUUCCUAUUAAUGAUUUUUCAUGAUACCAAAAAAAGCAAAUAAAACUAUCAGCAACAUAAUUGAUUUUUUUUUCAGUAUUUUCCAAUGCCAGGAUUUGAAGCAUUAAAGUCAGGUCUUUUAACAAGUUCCAUAUACAAUAUUCAGAAAAAAUGAUUAAUUUGACUAUCAAAAGUCGGCAGGAUUCAAUGUCAAAUGAUAUUGUUGAGGACAAAACAAGCAGAGACUGUUUUGUCCACAGGGAGGCGCCAAAAUUGAUACAAACUGAAAAUUCCAUACUGAAGCUUAAAUAAGAAAUGUUCUGUAUUUAAUAUUGAGGUUAAUGUGUUUCUGAAACACUUUAUUACACAAGUAUUGAAAUCUGCAGCAUAGAUAAUCUAAUAUUUAUUAUUUCUAAUACAACCUUUCAACUGACAGAUGAUUAGGGGUUAGCGAUCCAUAAAUGAGAGUGGAUAGAGAGAUGCCAACUUUGAGAUUUGACAGACUUGAUGUGUAUUCUGUGUCAUCCAGGGCAGUCAGAAACACUACGAGAUGGAAGUCCACAACCUGGAGAGACAGUCGAGGAGGGGAACCAACCAUGUAUGUGUGUCUUUCUUCAUUUCUGUCCCCCAAAGCGAAAUUCAGCCUCAUUUUCAUGAACCUGUCACUGUGUAUUAUAUCAAUAUGAUUCCGUCUUUUAUGUGUCUCCUCAGGAUUAUGGCGAGUACGUGCAUUUCCUCAGAGAGAGCUACAGGGUGGCUCUGCUGGAGGAGGAGAGAAGACACCGCUAUCUAGCUGAGAAACACUGCGGCCUCUUACAAUCCGUCGCACAGCUGAUGAAUAAGGUAUGAAACUUACCUCAAAUAGCGUGUGUGGAUUCAAUAUUUUAUGGUUUGUUUUGGCAUAUUCACUGCAGCAGCCGAUUGGGUCAGGUUUGUCCCACAUCUCAUUGAGAGGAACAUCAGAAAGACAAUACCAGAAAGAGAGUCCACAGUGAUGUUUAAUGACUGUGAGUGAUUUUAGUGAUCUGUGGGGAAAUUCUCUUUUUUAUACCAAAGGUGAAUCACAGACGAGCAGCUUUUGAUGUUCACAUCAUAGUUUUCACUCUAACAGGAUGGCUCUCUGAACUCUGGACCCCUGCUUACUUUUUUAUCACCCCUUUUUCUCCUGACCUGAAUACCUGACGAUGUGUCUCCUAUACAGUCUAACCCAUUUAUCAUGUCAAGGCUGUAAAUAAAAAGCCCCAUGGGACUGUAACAAAAGGUAAUGUAAUACCUGUGCCUGUAUAACUCUUUAUAAACUCAUAUAAAUGCAUACUUUAAACAUAGAAUUUGCCCUGACUCUUCACUUUUUAUUACUUUAUAAAGUGUGUGUUUAUAUACUAACAAUAACAUGGCUACCAAAAAAUACCACAUCCACCACAAGUAUAGGAAAACCCCUGAUAAUAAGACGGUCAAAUCUUGUUUUUAUGCAGAAAGUAAUUUGAAUAGAAAGUAAUAAUGAUGGAACCGACAUACUGAAGUGAACAAGGUCAGUCUUUCUAAUAUGAGAAUAAACUGAAAGAGCUAUUACAAAGGCUGAGGCUAAAAAUAAUUAAAUAAAACAAAAAUUACCACUGUAUUUUAUAAAAUAGAUCCAGGUCUCUGACAAUAAUCUCUCUGGGGUAAGAAAGCUCUUAGAUGUGGUAGAGACACACAAAGUUUAUUGUCUUUGAAGCUGCCGGUCUCACAAAGCGAGUGGAUUUUACAUAAAGUUGUGUCAUUGUACAUCGCUCUCUUCUAUCUCAAACAUAACACUAAUAUAUUAGAAAGGUCAACUAUUCUGGUCAAUAUGGUAACCACUUCUAAUAGGCUGCAGGAUGUACAUUAGUUUACCUUUAAAUGUAGAGAGGGACCAUCAGAAUGGAGGUGGGUUCAUCCCAACACUGGAGGGGAAGACUGCAGCAGGUGAGGGAGUGUGGACAUGGAUAUGGAGUUCAAGAUAGGUGGGACCAUUUUUAGUUGAUUUUUAAUUGGUGGGUCUAAAAUUUGAUAUAACUGACAGCUGGAAACCAGUGGAGGGGAUAUGAACAGCGAGAUAAUGUGCAGCAAGUUUUGAAUGGGUGUGCUGGUAGGCCUGCAGUAAGGAGUCGCAGGUGUCAACAUGCGGUAUUAAAAAAAGGUUGCAAUAGGUGCUGUGUUGCACAAACUGGCUGGAAAGAGCUAGAGUCUUGGACAUGUUGAACUGAUGGUAGUGUUUGUGGAGAUUAGACAGAACUUUUUUGACCAUUAAAAACUGUUUAGUCAUUGCUUAAGACCAAGUCUUUUGUGCUGGCUUUUGGCAGUUUAUUGUGCAACAAUAGUUUCCUCUUACUAAAUGUAUUUUGAUCGCCUCUUUUAUUUUAUCACUCAUUGUAACCUUGUUUUUACUUUUAUUUAAUAGUGUGCAUGUUUUAGGCUCAUAUAAAACUCCCAUAACAUUUGACCUUCCUUUGUGUUUGUUUGUACAGAUGGGAGGUACUCUACAGCGGACAGCCGACAACUGGGCAGACGAGGUGAACGCCACCAGAGAACCGGAGGCCAGGAGACCUACUUAUGACUACGGCUCUGACUACAGCUCUGUGAGUUUAUGGGUAAAGUCUGUAGAAAUCUGCUGUGUUUACUCAAAUAUUUAAGCACAGUCAGAGCUGGUUUCUGCUGGUGUGAGAUCCAUUUCUGUUUAAUCUGUAAGAACUGAGGGAAUCAAAUAUCUAGAGAAACUGAAAUGAACAUGCCCAGCGAAUAUUUUAAAAUGAGGGUUAUUCAUUCACAAAACAUAGAGAUGAAAAGUCAGAUUCAUUUUAAAACAGAAAUGGGCAGCAUGUACAGGUACAGUGUUAUCAAGGAAAUAUUUGAAUGGUAUUUUUGUUACUAGGGCGCCCUCUGCUGGUUAAAGCAAAUGAAAAAUGAGGAAUGACUCACAGCUUUUGUAUGAAGGAAUUAUUUUUGUCAAACCUGCAGCUAAAGUAAAAAAAAAAAAAGACAUUUCAGACUUUUAAGUGAUGUCCAAACACUAAAUUUAAUCUAAAUCCAAACCCCUAAAGCCACUAAUAUAAAUACAAGUCUUUAAGUAUGUAUGCAGAGCUCUUAUCCCAGAACAGUGGGAUUAACUCCAUAGAUAAUUCACAAUUUUACACCAUCUGCCUCUUUGUUCGAAAGCAGCAAUUAGGAUUCUGGUGCAAAACAAAGAUCCCCAGAGAUAAAUCCUGUCGGUUUCAGUCUGCUCCUCAUUUCACAGCAGCAUGAAGAUGAACACACAAGAUCCAAACAUGCUACUUUAAUAAUAUUCAGGGGAUUAACAGGGAUUAUAUGUUUGUUUUGAUAUGAUGUGAGAUUGAUCCCUGCACUUAACAGAGUGAGUCACUUUAGAGAGGUAUCAGAGUUGUGCUUUUACAGUCGUGUAAAAUACUUCCUGCACAAAAGCCUCUCUUUUUGUUUGAAUAUUACUGUGGUGCUUCACUGUGCAUGUUUGUGUCAUUUAGAUAAAUUAACAGUUGUGUGUUUCUCCUCUGUGUUUGUGAUGUAAUGUGUGUUUUCAUCUAUAGAUGGAUAAAAGGGAAGAGUUCAGACAAAGCAGAGAGGAGCAGAGCCUCGGCAGGAUGCCAUCAAGAGGUGAGUUGUUACUGUCACAUAGACAAAGCUGCGUUCAAAAGCUCCUGGUUUAAUUAGGUUUAUCUCAUAUUUAAAAGGAGAUCUCACUGUUUUCAAAUUGUUCUUCAUCUUUAUUCUGCAGUUGGAGGCUAAUAAACAUAUCACACUCACUCUUUUUCACAGCAUGAAGAACUGUGCUUGUUAUUGCUGCUUAUUGCAUGCUUCAUAUGAGUGUUUUCAACCAUUUUUUGACAGAUAUACAAUCAGAAAUACCUCUAAAAAGUCCCAGAAAAUCCAAAAUGUCUGUAUAUGUGGGGGUGUAGCCUGAGUCUAGUGACUAGAUAAGGUGUAGUUAUGCUGAAGUAAGGGCUAGCUGUGUCCACCCGUCUUUCUUGCCAUGCACCUAAGUAAAGAUCAUUUCGAGCCUUGAUACAUUGCAUAACUUGAACAGAUGACAGGUACAAAAGUAGCCCCUUAAACAAAUUUAACUUUGCCCCCACCACUGACAAGAUAUUUAGACAAUCCGUGUUUUCACUAUUACACAGGGGGUUGUCCAGCACCCCUAGUUUCAUAGGGGGGGGGGGGUUAUUCAUCAAGCAAAGUGACUAAAAAAAGGAACAAAAAUUUAAGAAGCCUUUUAGUUUUCUGCUUUGAAGUAACAAAAAAAAAGAAAAUCACAAUUUAAAUUGUUGACUGACAUUUAUUUGUGAUGGAAACUGAUUUGAAAAUACUUAAAAAUAUAUAUGGAUCCAAUUGGAAUAAAACUGUUUUAUUGAAAAAAAAUGUACUUGUUUUCUUUUACCUCUUUUUUCCGUUUCCCUUUUCUGUUUUCUUGUUGAACUGAGCUGUAAAACUUUAACACAGUUUCAAAAGGGAUUGAGUCUAUUUUGGAGCCGCCCUCAAGUGGCCACUCUUAGAAUUGCAGUUUUUUUGCGCUUAUCCUUGUCUCAUUUCCCAGCCAUGGAGAUCGAUGUUGACAUUCAUAGAUACACUCUGUCUGAAAUUUUCAUAUCCAUCCUCACUUUGUCUUGACUCUUCUGGUUGCAUAUUUCUUGCUUAUCUCUACCUUGAACCUUUUGUGUAUUCUACCUUUCACAUUAUUUUCGCUGAUACAUACUCUCUCCUCUCAUAUUUUGCAAUUUGUCCUCAUAUCACCCAGCUUUCACUUUCCUCUGCUAAACUCACUCUAAUAAUUCAAGCUUGAUUCCUUCGCCUUCGGUUUAAAUAAAUAAUGUGACAGUGAAAAAACAAAAAUAUAGCCACUAAAACACAUUAAUUUAGACUCAACUUUACACAUAGUUCCUGCAUUGAUGCUUUGAGGAGAGGAAAACAAUGUUCUCUCCUUGGUUAAAUUCAAUGAAAGGCAUUUUCAACAAAAUGAUUAUGCACUGAGAAAUUGAAUACACAGGGGUAAUAAUGAAUAAAAGAGUAAAUCUUGGUCUUUCAUCAUUUUUAAUUAGUCAUUUCACUGGAGAUUUUGUAGUCAUUAAAGAGGGUUUAUCAGCUAACUUGUGCUUUAACACACCAUUUUUCUCUUUUUGUUUUCAUCUCUGCAGCCCCGUCUCCCCAGGGAGGCGUUUCUCGCUCCAGAGCAGAGUCAAUGGGAAGUGUUGGUGGCGGCGAGGGAGGAAGGACCAUGAGGGCGAUUGCGGAUCACCAUCCUGUCGGCUCCAGUCCCAAUGUGCUGUCCUUCAGCAGGGGAGAGAUGAUCACUGUGCUGGUUCAACAGCCCAAGAACGGCUGGCUGUACGGACGCGCUGAGAGCAGUUCACGGUGCGUGACGUUCCCUUCAGAGUGUCAGGUUAUGGUUGUGUGGAGGCUGAUACCUCUGUUUACCUUGUUCUACCAAGUACUGUUGUACUCAGUGGCUGCUCAUAUAUUUAGCCUGUAUGCAGGAACUGCACCUAACUUCAUCAACAGUACAUAUAGUGUCCCAGCCACAGCACUAGCCUCCAAACAUCUUUUUAGCUUUGCCUGAUUUCUUUCGCAAAGAGACUAAACACAACUCACCUACUCUCUUCCAGCAGCCGCUUGUUUGUAGUGGGACCUCGGGCCAGUCCAUUACGGACUACAGUGGGGUGACGCAGCUCAAGGAAGAACAUUUAUGAUCAUUAUUUUCAUUUCCUUGAAGUAAUAAUCAUCAUAUUAAUCAUUUUGCACUGCAGAUGCGGUAGUUCUUCUGCCUUAGCGUCUCACUCUGACUGCAUUUCCAUGAAGAAAUUGUCAUAAAUGUACUUCCUUGAGCUGCGUCACCCCGUUUUGUGUGAGGUUUGUGUGUGGCUCCUCAAACCACUGUGUAUUGCUACCCUGCAGUCGUUGCUAAAGUUGAUAUAACUAGAGAAGCAAGCAGUCGGCAACAUCUCUCAGUGGGGUGUCUAACACAGUGUAAUAGUGUCUUGACUCUACAUUACUUUUAUGCUGGAAUAUCCCUUUAAGUUUUGGUCACAGCUACCAGCAACACAUUCAUGCUGUUCAACUGCUGGCUAAUAGCCCAACAUGCAAAGUGAGGAGCAUGGGCAGAUCACUUUGGCCAAUUUUAUGUCUGAUUGGGAGUAUUAUAGUGCUACAAAACAGCUACUUUCAGGUUUAACUAUUUAUGUAGGGGGAAAUGAGACAGGGCUUGUCACGGGAUGUUGAGUAGUACACUUUGGUAUCAGAGGUUAAACACCAACAGUAACUUCAGUCAAAACACGUGAAACCAAAGUUGUUCCCCUUUUUAUCUUUCAGGUAAUCUGAUCACACUUCCAUUAAGAUUAGAUUAAGCAGAGGUUGAUGUUAAUGUCCUUUUUAAAAAAUAUCAUUAUGACCUAAAGUGGGUAGAGGGGGUUGUUGCAGGAUCACAAAGUUCAAAUCAGAUUAACUCAAAUGGAUUCAUGAUUGUCCGCAAGACUCACUUAAUAUGUGAUGUAAUAUAAUGAGAAUGAUGGGUCACUAUUUGAUGCCGCCAGGGUAACACCAAACAACAGUGAUGAAGAAAAAAAGUAUAUGCAUGUCCUUUAAAUUGCUUCACUUUAUACACAUCUACAUCUUACCAACUAAAUGUUUCACUUUCUUGUUCUCUAGUGCCAGGAAGGGAUGGUUUCCAGCCUCAUUUGUGGAAGCAGUGGAUGAUUUUCCAAGGAGUUCUGGGUAAAUAUUACAAAUGCUCAGCUGUUGUGUAUUACUAAAACAUGUUGUUGUAUUUUACAGAUUUAAACCAUGAUGGUUUUACUUGUAAUAUCCAGCAACAUAAUGCAAACAGGGUCCACCAUAAUUUAAAAACCUUUGCUGGUUAGCCUAGUUUAGCAGAGGGAAACAACUGGUCUGACAGAUGUGAUUAAAAAUCUGUUAAUACCCAAGGCCUUUUUAGCUUUUCUGCUUGAAAAUUUCAUACCCACAAUAAAAUGGAUACAACUAUGUAACCACAAGGCCUGUUUAAAUAAUAUUGGUGUCACAGUAAAGGGAAGAUUUGUGAGAUUUGUUGAGAUGUGUUAGUAUGAGUAUAUGAGACGUCAAAUUCCCCCUCUUUGGAAACUUUGGGGCUACAAAGGUUAAAUUAGGCGUAAACCCAUUAAAUGAUGUGUGAUACUUUUUAAUUCCCCCUGUGCCUAACACAUUCAAACAUCAAGUUUGGUUUUAUGGUGGCAAAGUUGAACUUCUUCUUGUCCGGACGCUACAAAUUCCUCAUGUCUUUGUAUCAAUGAGAGGUUGUGCCAAGUGUUCUAGCUAACAUGAAACAGCGGGGUUAACAUCUCUUCCACCUCAUAGGGUGUAAAUUCUUGGUGCAUUUGUUUUGGAAUAAACAUAGUCAUCUUGGGGACAGUAAUAAACCUUUAUAUGCUUCAAGAAUUUAUUAGCUAUUCCACAUGUUUGUAUGACUGCCUAAAGUCCAAAGAGCAGCAAGUCUGGGCAUGUUGUAAAAAUCAUUAAUUCUUUAUAAUGGUCCUCAUUAAAAAUGGAUGAAAAGAUUUCAAACCAAAGACAAAACCUUCUGCAUGAUGUUUACCUUUCAGAAUAAAUACAGGAAAGAUUCUGAUGUCUUUUCUUUUGUUUUGUUUUUUCCGGGCCUAACUUUUCCAAAAGAAGGUCAGAAUGAAUCUCAGGAUUGGAAUAAUAACAUGAACUAUUUAUGAAAUUUGGGUGACCCAUCGCUGUGAGGAAAACCAGUAGGAGGGUUUAAACUCAAACUUUGCUUUGUCACUGCGUGCACAUGCUACAGCUUGAAGCCAGAAAAGUAGAUCACAUGCACUAAAUUGUUUAUAUUCAGAGCAAAGCAUGGUUUAGCUCAGUGGCUCUCAAUCCAGUCCUCGAGCCCCCCCUGUCCUGCAUGUUUUGGAUGUUUCCCUGCUCCAACACACCUGAUUCAAAUGAUUAGCUCGUUAUGGCUUACUAACGAGCUGAUCAUUUGAAUCAGGUGUGUUGGAGCAGGGAAACAUCCAAAACAUGCAGGACAGGGGGGGCUCGAGGACUGGAUUGAGAACCACUGGUUUAGCUCAUUUUUAUGUAUCUGAUAUGCUUUAAGCAGUGAAGGCUUGUAUCGGGGGAAAUGAUACUAAAUGCAAGAACAAUAUCAUGUUUUUUUUGUCUCUAUAGCUCUUUUGUAAGCAGCAGCAGCAGCAGCAUGAACAGCCAAAUCUACCAACCAAGAAGCAGCAGCAGCAGCAGCAGCAGCCGCAGCGCAGCCCCACCCCCUCCACCACCACCGCCAUCCUCAUCUUCACACCAACAGCGUGAGACACAACCACUCCAACAGACCCGCAAAAAGAAGGCACAGUCCCACUCAGACAAAAAGGUACAACUGUCAUGCUUAUCGAUCAGCAUAGCUGCUAUCAGUCAAGUCUCUCCCUCCUUACAAGAUUAUCCAUUUUUUUCUUUAAGUACACAAACAGACACUGAAAUAUAGACGGCUGGGAGCUGGUUAUAUAUAUCUCUUUAAAAGCCCUUUUUGAACAUAGCACCUUGACAGAGCUAUUGUGAGGAACUAACAAGUAUGAUGGUUAUAAAUGCAUUUUUGGAACAGUCAUAAUCUAUCUUAAAAAUGAGGUUUGGGGAAAACAUAUUAGCUGAAUAUCACCCAUUCAUAAAUCCUCUCAGGUUUCUGACUGUCUAUUUUGCUGCCACUACCAUUAAAAAGCCUUAAAACAACAGGGUUAUAAUGUUUGGCUGAAAAUAAAUGCACUGUUAAACCAUAUCUUUGUCUCUUCCCUGCAGUAAGUGGUAUGACAGCUUAAUUUUCAACAGUCUGGUAGAAUUUAAUGAUCAGAAAUGUUUUAUUAGCUCCAGAGCUGAUAACAAAGUCAACAAUUUAUCAUCAGUCAUGGCAGGAAAUUAUAUAACCCCAUCGAUCUGAUUUCAGCUUUUGAUUCACCGCUGAUAUACUACAUCCUCCUGAUAUGCCAGAGUAUUAACGUCUGUGUUGUUUCAGUUUCUUUGAUAAUCAUCAAGAAUAUUUUUCCAGUCCCUCCAGCAGGGGCACUGUAGUAAGGUGCUGUUUUCAAUGGCACCACAUCCGUCUUUCUGGUGGAUGCAGGGGGGAAGCUCCAGCUGCUGAUGGUGCACUGAUGAGGAGGUGGUUUGCAUGUGUUUGGGUGCCUUUUACUUGGCAUGAAGAUACAUAAAACUGAAACUGAAUUUAGGUAGCUAGUUUGGUGUGGUCUGUGUUACCUGCAGUGACCGAUGCUUCCAGACUAAGUUAGAAGUAGAUGAUGUGGCAUUAGCAUCAUUUACUUCGAACCCCAGCCUCCAACUUAUUAUCACCAAGGUCUUGCUAACUUGCUCUUGCCCUUCCUUGAGCUUUAUUUGUGCAUUUAUUAUGAUAGCUGUGUCCAAAUUCAGAAGUAGGACUCAGCCUUACUCUAAACUUGAACGAGACAGUCUGGUUUCAAGAGUUUUCUGUAAGCGUCACUAGCUGUUUCCACCCUUACACUAGCAUUACAUAGCAAUGCCCCUGUCACCAGGCAAUAUGUGGCUAUUUGGCUAACUAGCUAAUACUGCUAGCAUCAUGUAACUUUACUGCCAUUGCCAUUAUAUACUAUCAAUCUUGAAAUAUGUCCUUUGAGUAUUCGACCCAUGAAUUGAGAUACAGUUAAUGUUGCUGUUAGCUAGAUAGUAGAUGAAAACUUGUACUAUUUGAGAGUUUUACGCAAUAUAGUGGUAAAGGCCCAUAUUCUUAUGAUUUCAUUCAGAGUUAAUGGAUUGUUUUAAUGUUGUUAGCUAGGGUGACCAUAUUCUGACUUCCCAAAAAGAGGACAUGACUACGCUGGGGCGGAGUCAGGGAGUGGCAAGAAGUUGAUUUUGAGAGUUUUUCGGGUCAGAUCGAGUGUCUUUUACAUGCUUCUAACUCAGUCAGUCUGCGUGACACAAACUUGAAACUUAAGUACAAAACCGCUGACAUUUGGAGGAUUUCAUAAACUUCCCCGGACAAGCCCGGACAGCUCCCCAAAAAGUGGACAUGUCUGGGUAAAAGAGGACAUAUGGUCACCCUAUGUUAGCUAAAUGUAGCUCAUGUAAUGCAACCCAGAAAGUGCUUGAAUGCUAACUAGCUAGCAUUAUGGGUAAGGAUGCAGCCUAAAAUUGGGAUACAAUUAUAAAGUGCCUAAAAGCUAACAUUGAUCAUUUAUAUGAAAUAAUAUACUUUUUUGUCAGAGGAGAUGAUGUAAGCAAAGACCUCUUGUCCACAAGAGUUGACAAAAUUGAUACAAACUGAAAGUUCCUGACAGCUUUAAUUUGAGUUAUGACUGAUUUAACAAUGUGAAUGAACUGAUUUUUGACUGAUAGAGCACACUUAAGCAGCACAACACUGUUAUUUGUUAUUAUCACAUAAUAAUUCACCUCAAACUGUUGAGAUUUGGAAGUAAAUAGAGUAAUCGCAUGUUGGUACUUAAAGCUGAAUGUCUGGCUGAUAGAGUGCCCUCUUUUUACAAGAGUUUCUGCAUGGUUUGGUUGUUGUGCUCCUGUCCAACUCGGCUGUCAAAAAGGUAUUUUAUGUGUUUUUUGUCCUGGACUUUCUCUGAAGUUUGUGUGAAGUAUUCCUGUGGGUGGACUGCCUGAAAUUUAAAGAGCAAAGGGUGAAGGGCUGCAGCCUGCUGAGCCUCCAUUAGUGCAUGUGUCCACAUCUUGGCCUCUACUCACCUCUACCUUUCUUAUACUUUUCCACAGGGAUCAGAACCGCAGAGAUCUCGACCUGAACUCUUUCCAAGGUAAAAGUCAUGUGACAGUUACUAUAUCAGAAAGCAGAGGCUGUGUGUGAAAUGUUUUCUCUGAAUGAUAUUUCUGAAGUAUAUCUUGAACCUGUUAAAUCAGGGAACAACAGUGGAGAGCAGUGCUCAAAACAGAACAGAAUUGCUUUCCUUUCAAUGGAGUUUGAAGUGCAGUUUAGCGCAGAAACCAUUUCAGGUACAGUCAUUUUGGAAAGAAUGGCUAUCACUCUCACUGGCACUCUGACUUCAGGUGAGCAGUUUGCUGAACGGUGCUUGAACUGUUUGAAAUGGAUUGCUCAUUUCUCAUGUCAUAACCUUACCCGUCAGGCGCAUAGAUGAGAUUCAGACACUCAGAGAUAUUUCUGCGAGUUUUCACCUUUUUAUUUCUUUCUCUAACAGUCAUCUUUCUCUCUCCUGACGGUGUGUUUUGUUUUCAAGGGGUACUAACCCAUUUGCCACUGUCAAACUGAAGCCCACACACACUGAUGACAGGUCGGCUCCACGCUUACGCAGAUGA